CCUUCCAGUUAAAUUGUGCAUAGUGCAAGUGCAUAAUAUUUACAUCAGUUUAUAUACACAUAUCCAAAAAUAAACAUGAGUGCCCAACUAAAUGUAGACAGUUUGUCUAGUAUUUUCGAUAAUUUACAAAUUAAAAGUCCAUCAAAACGUUUACAAAUCAAGCAAGAAUCAGAAAAACCAUUGCUGGUACAAAAAAAUCCAAAAAUUUUGUCAGAUUUGCUGGGUGCAUUGAAUUCUCAAGAACAUGCAACUUGGGCAACAACCGAUUUUACAAAUAAAGUAGGAAGGUUAACUAAAUUAGAAAAACAUACAAUUGAAUACAGGCGAAUCAAAAUGUUGUUUGACAAUUCCAUGAGAAAACCUUACAGUGUCUGUAAAAUAAAAAGAGUAGAGAACCCAUAUUUGUUUGUCCAAUACAAUUUAAAGAAGUUAAAGAAACAAUGUUCAGAAAGGCAAUUAUUUCAUGGGACAACAGAAUCUAGUAUUAAAGCUAUCUGUCGGGAAAAUUUUAAUUGGAGGUUGGCUGGUACGAGUGUGGGACACAGAUUUGGAAGAGGAGUUUCCUUUUCACCAGAGUCCAACUACUCCAGUUACUAUCCCAGAAAUUAUUUUUUGCCUCGAAGGAUUAUGUUUGUUGCUGAUGUAUUAAUAAAAUCAACCUGCAUUGGAGACCCCUCUAUGACAAUACCCAUUGAGUCCUGCGAUACUUCAGUUAAACCUGACGGGAAAGUUGUCGUAAAAUAUGAAGACAAUGAUUUCUAUCCAAAGUAUGUUAUAUAUUAUAAAUAG